AUGGCUACGUGGAGGCGGGACGGCCGACUGACUGGCAGCCAGCGGCUGCUGUGCGCGGGGCUGGCAGGGGCGCUGAGCCUCACCCUCACAGCACCCCUGGAGCUGGCCACUGUGUUGGCCCAGGUCAGCGUUUGGCGAGGCCACGCCCAUGCCCCGUGGGCCACCGCGCGUCUCGUGUGGCAGGCCGAGGGGCUCCGGGCCCUGUGGAAGGGGAACGCGGUGGCUUGCCUGCGCCUCGUUCCCUGCAGCACCGUGCAGCUCGCCGCCUACCGCAAGUUUGUUGUGCUGUUCACAGAUGACCUGGGCCACAUUUCCCAGUGGAGCGCCACUGUGGCGGGGAGUCUGGCCGGCAUGGUGUCCACCAUUGUGAUGUAUCCUACAGAUCUCAUCAAAACCCGGUUGAUUGUGCAGAACAUGCUGGCACCAUCCUACAAGGGGCUUGUCCAUGCUUUUGCUACUGUUUAUCGACAGGAAGGGUUCCUGGCCCUUUAUAGAGGGGUUUCCCUGGCUGUUUUAGGUGCUCUCCCAUUCUCUGCUGGCUCCCUUCUAGUUUACAUGAACCUGGAGAAAAUCUGGAAUGGACCCCGAGACCAGUUCUCUCUCCUGCAGAACUUUACCAAUGUCUGUCUGGCUGCUGCAGUGAGCCAGACCCUCUCCUUUCCCUUUGACACUGUGAAGAGAAAAAUGCAGGCUCAGAGUCCCUACCUCCCCCACUAUGGAGGAGUUGAUGUCCAAUUUUCAGGAGCAGCGGACUGCUUCCGACAGAUCGUGAAGGCCCAAGGGGUACUGGGGCUCUGGAAUGGAUUGACAGCCAACUUACUGAAGGUUGUUCCCUAUUUUGGAGUCAUGUUUAGCACCUUUGAGUUCUGCAAGAGAAUCUUUCUUUACCAAAAUGGUUAUAUCAUGUCUCCUCUGAGCUAUAAAUUGACCCCAGGAGUGGAUCAAAGUUUGAAGCCCCAAGAAUUACGGGAAAUAAAGUUCUUCAAAACUGGAAAACUGAAGUCUCGAAAACCAACUUUGUGAUGUCAUAGUGGAAAGUAUAGUACCAGGGCACUGGCUGAAGACAUGUGACAAUCACAGACAAAUGUCGCCUCUAAUUGUGCACAUGAGAAGUAAUGACAGGGCAAUCCUGUCCGCUGACUCUUCACCAUGAGAUGGUUUGGUCAUCUGUUGCCUCAGAGCCCCUUACUGACGUCCCUGAGAACACUUGUGCUAUGAAGUUUUCCAACACUCCUGAGUCACAAUGACAUACCACCAGAUUGUAUAAGCAAAGCCCAGUGGUCAUAAAUGUACAAUAGCCUCUAAAAAGAAACAAGAGAGAAAAGAAAAGAAGAAGAAGGUGUUGUGAUAUUUCAGAGCAACUUGCAUGGGAAUGUGCAGUCCUGAGCUCAGCCCCAAGGUGACUCUCAGAUGAUACAGAGUCCUCCCAGUUGGACCUGUGGCCUCCCCUUCUAGUUAAUCUAGGUUAACUUCUGAGAACAUCCACUGCAACGUAUAGCUUACAAGUUAUCUUGAACCAGAUGAAAAAGAAAUAAUAAUCAUAACUUUUCUUCUGUUUCUUUGAGACAGUGUUUCACUGUGGAGCCCAGGCUGACCUUGAGUGAGCCAUCCUCAUGCAUCCAGUCCAGUGCUGGAAUUUCUGCUAAGUGUUACCACUUAAAGCUGACAGUGCUAAAGCCAGGCACUGGUGGCUCAAAUCACUAAUCCUAGCUACUCCAGAGUCUGAG